GACGCUGAUUAACGAGACACAGAUCCCACUGGGAGAGUGCCACCGCGAACGCCGUCCUCGCAGUGUGUUUGUUCAGCAGGCGAUGGCGUCUAACGAGACCCGGGGCCCGGCUCCGACACAGGCCACGGUGCUGAUGUCGUGCCGGGUGUCGGAAGGAGAGUGUGGCGGCCGCGGCCUGACUCUGUGUCCCGGGCCCGGGCCUCGGGCAGUGACGGACGACCAGCCCUCGGCCCUGCGCCUGCAGCUGAGCAUGGAGCGGCCCGGGGAGUUCCGGCUGGGAGUCCGCUCCGGGGACAGCCGCCUCGGGAAAAGUCUGAGCCUUUAUGAAUUUAAUUUGAAAGAUAUCAUCUAUGAAUUCAAAAGUGCGACCUGCCAUAGAAUUAGUACAAGGAACCAACCAUCUGAGCAGCUGACGUAUCACUUUGAAGAUGAGAAGGAGGCUCAGAAAUGGUCAACCAUCAUCACCAGCUCUUUGAGGGAAGUUGAGAAAGCAAGUUCCUCUGCUGGUGCACAAAACCACAGUGAGUCAACAGGAAUCCCAGUACUGUCAGCUCAACCAGUGACAGAGGGAGGUCCCAGGGCAGGAGCAGAGCUGCUUGGAGCUGGCCACGACGUUCCAAGAUCAGGAAUGGAUAUCUCCAGAACAGAGGAUCUGAUUCAGCAACUUGCCAAGGCAAUAGAGGCAGGUGAUUCUGUCUUGUCGUCUGAGUGUGCUGUGAGUCUAGCUCAGCAGAAAGUGUCUCUCGGCAUUUGGGUGAAGGAUGUUUAUCCCAAUCAACAGAUCAGUAUGAAAGUUGAAGUGGAGGACGCCACAUCUUCUGCCACCAUUUUUGUGAAGGUCUUCCCCUAUGCAACUGUUUCCACGUUAAAGCAACAGGUAUUCCGAGAUUUUGGGUUCCACCCUAUGGUUCAGCGCUGGAUUAUUGGCCAGUGCCUGGCGACUGAUCACAGAACUCUGAGUUCGUACGGUGUGAGGAAAGACGGGGUCACAACCUUCCUGUACCUGCUGUCAGCAAAGCUGGCCAACCUACCACGGCGCCAGUACGAGGAGGAGCAGGCUCUCACUGUCAUGGCCCAUGAUGAGAUGUCCAUUGAUAUGCAGAGGAGGGAGAGCCUUCUGGAGGAAGAGAGGAGAAAGUACAGUACGUUACCGAGCAAGCUGCCUGUGAAUAAAGGUAGAGUGCCCCUGAAGAGCAAGGAUGGAAGGAUGGACAUCAAUAAUAUUACUCAAUGUGUCAAUCUGGAGCUGAAAUCACUUCAGUCUCUCUCAUUACACGAUGCUUGGAACAGACCCACACAGCAAGUUUCCCCUGCAUCAUCACAGGUAUCGUUGGAAUCAGGCCAGAGUUAGAUUAAUAUUUUGCCGGGUUCUGCUCCCUGUUUUACAGAGAGUAGGCAAACGAGAACAUAUGUUAUUAAAAACAAAGAUUCAGAAGGAACUAGGAGGGUACAAUGAUGGAACUGUGAAGCUGAUUUCACCAUUGGCAGCCCUGCCUUCAGCUGCCUAGCCCUAGGCUCUGUAAUUCCCACUCAAAAUCUCUCCACCUGACCUUACCCAUUAAAAUAUGUCUUUCGACUGAGAUUUU